AUGACCGAACAGAUACGGGAUCUACCCUAUUGCCCUCGUGGAAGUAGAACUGUCCAUCUGGACACGCAUGCCCUCCACAACGGCGUCUUCAAAACCUGCGUCGAGUUUGGUAUCCCCGUGAUUGCUCGAUCCCCUCUCGGCCGGGGAGUCCUGGCCGGCGCGUUCACUAAAGCAUCCGACCUUCCGGGCAACGACCCCCGGAAGAGGCUGCCUCGAUUCCAGGACGAUGCUAUGAAGCAGAACAUCAAGCUCGUGAACGAAGUCAAGGCUCUCGCGGCUCGCAAAGGGGUGGCUCUGGCACAGAUUGCACUAGGCUGGAUCUUGACGCUCAGCGGCAGACCUGGACUGCCAACUAUAAUUCCUAUCCCUGGUGGAUCGACCAGCAGCAAGGUUACGCAGGAUCUUCGGGGUGUUUCCCGGCUAUCUGAUAAGAAGAUGGCGGAGAUUGGGGUUCGAUAA